AUGUAUAGAAAAUUGUUGUGUAUUACAUUUUUGUUGAAAAUAGUGACUUCAAAAGAGGAAUUUAAUGUCAACGAUAUAUUAAACGAUGACUUUAUGCCGACGCAUUUCUUCAUUGAUGAGUACAAAUCUAAUAAAGUGGAUAAAACGAAGGCGGUUAAGCAAUAUCCAUCUGUGAAUGGAUCGGUGGAUGCAGCGUUUUCUACUUUAAAUUUUCACAGGAAAAUGAUGAACGAAUAUCAAUGUAGAAACUAUGUAGCGGAACAAAUCUUGGAGGAAAUGGGUAAGAAUGUAGUGCAGCGUAGGGUCGGGAAACCUUUUGAGGGCGUGUUCUUUAAACGAUCACAGGAUAUGAGGAACAGCCUGCUGUACGAUCCCGGAUCUGGAAAUUACCAGGAUUGGUUAGCCAAAGUGAUGGCAUUCAAUGAUCUCUAUCGUCAGUACAACACGACAGUCAAUACAUCUCAGUUUGAGGGUCAACAGAGAAGCGGCUAUGAAGUAAGGGAAACAGAUCUGGGUCUUGGAGACUCUGAUGGACUCAUGUAUGACGUGUCCAAACAUGUAGGUGGGUACGAGUAUUCAAUGCAGCCUCCACCGCCUCCUCUCUAUCAUCAUCCACAUGAGGUUCACGAGGAGUACGGAGUAGAAAGAGAGUCACACGGUUUGGGAAUCGCUGAACUUUUCGAUAUUUCCCUCACUGGGAUCGCAUUUUUGUCUUUCGGCAUGUUUAUUUUGCAAGUCCUAAUGUGUAUAACAAUGAACCAUCCACAGCCUCAAGUAAUGCAAAUGGUUGAUAACACUGACAAUGUAAACGUUGACGACGUGUUCAGAGUUAGACGAGAGGCAGAAACGAAGUAUUCUAUGAGAAAACUGAAUAGUAUCGCUCGAUACGCUUUAAUGGCUAUCAAACCACAGUCGCCGAGUUGUUUGUACCGUACGUUAUGCUUAGGAAACAAGCAAGUGAGAGAAAUGAACGACGGUAGCAAAUAUUGGUUGCCUUUGUGGUAUGCUGGUGUGUCGUGGAUUCGUAGUGGGGCUUCUCUGUCGGGCGGCGCGGGAGCCCUAAGAGCCGCCGCCCUCGGUCUCGGUGACGCUGACUGUCGGACUAUAUACCCUGAAGACUGUAACUAG